CCGGCGCGCCAGCCCCCCGUGGCCCCGGCCGGCCGGCGCUCCACCCCGGCUCACCAUGCACUGCCACGCGGAGCUGCGGCUGAGCUCGCCCGGUCAACUCAAAGCAGCCAGGCGGCGCUACAAGACUUUCAUGAUCGACGAGAUCCUUUCCAAGGAGACCUGCGACUACUUUGAGAAACUUUCUCUCUACUCCGUGUGCCCGUCGCUGGUCGUGCGACCCAAGCCCCUGCAUUCCUGUACCGGCCCUGCUUCCCUUCGGGCAUACCCCCUCCUCUCAGUGAUCACCCGACAGCCCACGGUCAUCUCGCACCUGGUCCCCGCCACCCCGGGAGCUGCCCAGGCAUUGUCCUGCCACCCGGCCUCCGAGGCCACCUCUGCGGAGCUCCCAGGGGGCGAGGCUCUCGGCAGCAGUGAGUCGGAGACGGAGCAGCCCACGCCCCGGCAGAAGAAGCCCCGUCGGAGUCGUACCAUCUUCACUGAGCUGCAGCUCAUGGGCCUGGAGAAGAAAUUCCAGAAGCAGAAGUACUUGUCCACCCCAGACAGGUUGGACCUGGCCCAGUCUCUGGGACUCACUCAACUGCAGGUGAAGACUUGGUAUCAGAACCGCAGGAUGAAGUGGAAGAAAAUGGUUCUUAAAGGUGGACAGGAAGCACCCACAAAACCCAAAGGUCGUCCCAAGAAGAACUCCAUCCCCACCUCAGAAGAGAUUGAAGCUGAAGAGAAGAUGAGCAGCCAGGCCCAGAGCCAGGAGCGCCUUGCACCCUCCCAGAGACAGGAGGAGCUCUGUGACACACAGGAAGCAAAAGCAUGCCAUGUCCCCUUAGAGGUGCCAGAGCCCCCCAGCCAGCCCCAAGAGUUACCAGUAUCCUCUUCGGAACCCCCACCAUCAAGCUAAAAUAAAACUCUUCUGGGGGAAAGGGGAGACGGGGAGGAAUGGGAAGAGAAGGAGGGAGAAUAGGGAACUGCUUCCCAAAGCCUGGUAAACUCGGGGGGUGGGGGGAGACAAGAGAUCCACGUCCCCUCUCCCCCACAGGUCUCAGUGGUUUUCAUCACAGGUGUUUGAUGAAGACUUGGCUUGCCUUAGGCCUUUCUCUUCCUGAAAGGCUGCUUUAGCCACAGGAUGCCCUUGAUGAAGGGAGAUAGUGCCUUGGAACUGCCUCCCCCACUGGGGUAGUGGCUUCAGGGCUGGGUGCAAGAGGCCUGCCCACAUGGCGAGCCCCACCCUGGCGUGGUGGAGGACUGCUCUCACUCUCUCCCUGCCAGCCUCUGGGCAGCCUGGCAUGCAAGCAGAGAGAGAUGGAGGAGCUUGGGCAGCAUGCCUGGCUUCCUUGCUGACUCAGCACUUAUUUCUGUAGUUUUAAAAGAGAAUUUAAUGUUUUUGGUUGGUUUUUCGGGGGGGCGGUGAGGGCAGACAAAAGUUGGGAGAAGGGAGUUCUGCGUUAUUAGAAUUGUUUCUGAAUAAAGUUUGUUUGAAGACUCGUGUGCCUUUGUACCCAUUACAAGAUGGUCAGCUGACCUGAGAACGGAUAAGCCUUGUUUUUCUUGCUUUUUCAAGUUGCAAUCCCUGAAGCUGCAAUGCAAAUAUGUUAAGAUAACUUUUAUUUUUUAAUGAAAAAUAAAUCUUUCAAAAGGA